AUGAAAGCCAAUCUGUCAAAAGAAUUUAAGGUACAAAUAGUUUUUAAUAAUGAUAUUUUAAAUGAAUUAGAUGCUGAAAGACCUUAAGAAGAAAUGAUAAAUAGAUAUUGUAAUCUAGUUGAAAGCAAUAAGAUUAAAUUAAAAGCAUCAAUGGUUAUGGAAAAAAGGGUCGUGGUAGACCUCCUAAAUUGAAAUCCCCUAUUAAAGAUAAAUAAAUAGAGGAUGAAAUUUCUAAUAAUGAAGAUGAUGUACCUGAUGAUGAAUUAAAAAAACAAAUGGAUCUUGAAAAUGAUAGUAAUUUAUCUGUUUCUUCAAAAGAAAAGAAAUUUACUAAAAAGAUAAAUGCAUAUGUAUAGUUUGGGUAAUUU